GGCCAUACAACUUACUUCCUUUACUUCUUGCCGGUCUGAGUCAUCGCUUCUCGCUAUUUCGAGAGUCCGACCACCGGCCUCUGCCUAAAAAAGCACGAAUGGUAGCAGCUCACGUGGGGUCGCGUCUCUUGGUGCGCGUGUGAAUUUGGAGUCGCGAUCGGAGUCGCGUAAUUGAGGCCCGACCAUGAAAGGAGAGCUGAAAACACAUAAAUAUCGUGUAAAUCGCUGGCCAUGAUUUAUGCCUUUGACAUUUGGUUUAAUCACAGCAACAAACAACCAAGUUGAGAAAGUUUAUUAUUGCGCUGAGCAUACAUUUCUGUCGAACCCAAGGCUUCACCGUAAACAUGACCCUAUCGCAAUCUUCUCUCAUUCCUGUUAUAGCCGCCUUUUUUGGGACUACAAUCUCUGCCUUCGGAGUGAACGCAAUCUUGCGGCCUGCACAUGCCUUGUCGAUGUUUGAAUUUGACUAUCCAACCUCUGCACCGAUAAAACAACUCGUCGAUUACUUGAUGAUCAUCUAUGGCAUACGAGAUAUCUACAUAGGCAUUGCCAUAUUCUCAACAACGUACUAUGGCCAUCGGAAAGCUUUGGGCUGGAAUUUGCUCGGUUUGGCCGGCACUGCGUUUGUGGAUGGUGUGGUGUGCAAAAUGAAUGGACACGGAGAGUGGAAUCAUUGGAGUUACGCGCCGAUGGUUGCUAUUCUUGGAUGUCUGUCACUGGGAGCCCUGGACUUCGCUUGAUUUGAUCCGAUGAGUUAAUAAAAGCAGUUUCGGACGAUAUAGUUAUUUCCUUGAACCCACUUUGUUGGGAAGGAGGAUUCCGCCUGUAUUUUCGAGAAUCAGUAAAGAAGAGCAUUGUGUCGGCAUCAUGACGAUUCGAGAGGUGUUUCAAUAAUAGAGUAUUAUUGUAAAUUUGUAACUGAGCUUUCAAUGGGCUCGUUGGAAAUUGAC